AUGGGUCUUACACCAGAUGCUGAAAAAAGUUGUAUAACCAAGUGGUUUGACCGUGAUGACCCAACUGGAAAUGGAGACUACGAGCUGUUGGCUAACCUUCUCAAUGAAUACCCUGGAGAAAUCUGUCAAAAUCCAAUCACAAUAGAGGCUCAGACCAUCUCUGGCCAAUCAGCAUCUCAAACAGGAAACGUCUUUCAAGUCCGCUUCACCUGCCCAGAGGAAUGGUGUUCAAAAUGUAGGACACCUUGGUUUGACCGAGAUAAUCCCAGUGGACAAGGAGACUAUGAGACUCUGUCGUUGGCCCUGAUAACAUACCCACUGCAGGUCUGCGCUCAGCCCAUCGCUAUUGAGGUCGCAACCAUCAGUGGGACCCCUGUACUGCCUGCUGGAAACAACUUUCAAAUAUAUGAUCCAACACAGGGCUUUGCUUGUAUGAAUGCACUACAGAAUGGAGGGUGUCAGGACUACAAGGUCCGCUUCACAUGUCCAAUGAGUCUUUGCCAACCAACAUGUGUAACCAGGUGGUUUGAUUCUGACAACCCUAAUACAAAUGGGGGUGAUUCUGAACGCUUGACUGUCCUCCUCCGUAUGUACCCUGGAGAAAUCUGCCCAAAUCCAAUCGGAAUAGAGGCUCAAACCAUCUCUGGCCAACCAGCGUCUCAAACUGGAAACGUCUUUCAAGAAUAUAAUCCAACAACUGGCAUUUCUUGCAUAAAUGCAAAUCAAGGAGGAGUGGUUUGUGCUGAUUAUAAGGUGCACUUCACCUGCCCAGAGGAAUGGUGUUCAAAAAACAGGACAUCCUGGUUUGACCGAGAUAAUCCCAGUGGACAAGGUGAUGAGACCCUGUCGUUGACCCUGAUAACAUACCCACAACAGGUUUGCCCUCAGCCCAUUGCCAUUGAGGUCGCAACCAUUAGUGGGACCCCUGUACUGCCUGCUGGAAACAGUUUUCAAGUAUUUGAUCCACUACUGGGCUUUGAAUGCGUGAAUAAUCAGCAGGGUGGAAGGGCCUGUCAGGACUACAAGGUCCGCUACACAUGUUAG